GAAGGAUUUCUUUCGAAGCUUGCUCUGUUUAAAUGGUUUCACGGAAUAAAUUAGUUGCGUCAACGUUGGUUUUAUAAAUGAUCGUUAGUUCUGUUUUGCGCUAUACAUAUAUAUAUAUCACACGGUGAUAGAAAGGCUUUUAUGCGCAUCAGGAGAAAUAUAUUAUGUGUAUUCCUACAUAUGCUAGUUGUAGGUGAUACAUGGCUGGAUUGUCAUGUAAGCUGUCAGCAUUACGUUUUUUUUGUGCAGCAGUAAUGCAUUACUAUUAGUAAUAACAUGUAGAAUUCAGCAACAACAACUUUUUCAAGUACAAGAUGGGUUUUGAAGUAAAGGCAAUUUAUAUAGUAAUCCCGGCAAUUUUUGUGGUGGCAUACGUUUGGGCCAGGAACACCAUGUCUCCAUCUUUACGCAAUGUUCAAACAUAUCACGAUUUUAUCGCUCCGACGAGUAAUUAUAUUAAAAUUGAAGCAACGCCUCACACUGAAUUAGAGUGGAAACCAACAACAGUGAAAACUUCAUCAAGCUCGACAACAACUUUGACAACAUCAAAACAGCAGUGGAAUUCUCUCACUCAAUUGUAUCCUGUCAUAAAUAAACUAUUGAAACGUUGCUCACCUCAUAAGAAAAUAGUUUAUGUAAAAACUCACAAAACGGCAUCAAGCAGCGUAUUUGGUAUCCUGAUCAAACAUUUGUGGAUGUUUCGCGGAAAAAAGCAGAACAUGUUUCCAUUAUCGUUCAUUGGAGGAUACCCAGGACAUUUUGACUCCAAAUUUCUACUCAAUGAGAAUAAAACUCAAAUUGGAUCAUCGGAUAUUAAGCCAAAUGUUGUUGCAGGUCACUUGAGGUUUAAUGCAACAGCUUUUAAAAAAUUGAUGCCACCAGGAACAAAGUACAUAACGAUUUUGAGAAAUCCUGCUGACGCGUUCUAUUCUGCAUUUAAUUACUACUAUGGGGAUCUAUACUACGCCAAUCUGACAAGAAUGAAGACCAACUGCAGGUAUUCUCCCUAUCUGGAUUUACUUGGGCGCUUCAAUGCUUCUUUUGAGCAGUUUUUAAAAACUGCUUCAACGAAACUGAACCCAUCUGUCCCUUGGUAUUUUAGGGGUAUGAAUUAUCAAUCUCAUGAUUUGGGGAUGGACCCAAGCGUGAACGACCAAGGGUAUAUCUCAGAUCAAAUACGUCAACUUGCAGAGACCUUUGACUUAGUUAUGAUAUCGGACUACUAUUUAGAAUCUCUCGUUCUUUUGAAGGAAGAAUUAUGCCUGAGUAAGUCGAUUUUAUCUCGAGAUAUAACAAAUAAGGGAAAGCACGGGAAAAGGAUAUUUACCAAAACAGAAAUGAGCCUUAUCAGAAGUCUUCACAAGCAGGAUUAUGCUUUAUAUGAUUAUUUCAAUCGCACACUAUGGAAAAAAAUUGACGCUUAUGGAAGAGAACGAAUGGCAGAACAGAUUAAAAAGAUACAAUACAGCCGAAUAUCCACCAAGAAAAAGAGUAGAAAACAUAAAGAGGAUUUCAUACCAUCAGAGAAGCUUGUAGAAAGUCACUAUUCGCUUGAUACCGCAACAAAGCUGGCGACAAGAUUAGCAAAAGAGAGCGGCUUUGACCCACAUCUGCCAGAAAUUAUAAAUAUGGCUGAAUAUAUGCACUCAAAUUCGGGUGGUUGCAAUUUUUGAUUGCACGUUUGAUUUGUAUUUAUUUCCCAUAUUGCGAUAACACUGAAAAAAUAUAUUUCUGUUUUCACUGUGAAUAUAGGAAUUUUCGUUUUUGAUUAUGUUGUAAAUUCGUGUGUUACUGUUUUUUUUUUAUAAAUAUAUGAAACAGAAACUUUCUUCCUGAGCAAAAAUUAAA